AUGGUUCAGGGCUCUAGGCCUGGCGCGGCUGGGGAGCUGGGAGGGAAGCCCAUCUCUCGGCUCCUCCCCGGGCCGCCCUGCCCCGCCCCGUGCCGGGACAGCCUGGGCGGGGACCCGCGGCUGGAGGGCGCGCCGUCUGGUGCUCCAGGUGCAGUUCCCAUGAGUCUGGGGGCCCGCGGUGGCCCAGGAGGAGUGCCCCGUCUUCAAUCUGCCCCUGCCGUGUCUCUACACCCUGUCCACUGGACGCCAGUGAGCCUCAGAACCCAGGUAACAGAGGGCGGGACUCGGCCAAUGUUCCCCACGGGUCUCCGCCUCGCGUGCGUCCACCCAGUCCAUGCACUCCUUCUCUCUGCUCCAGAGCAGCAGCAGAGCGCGGAUGCUGCUUGGAGAUGGAUCUUGGAAAGUUUGCGCCUGGACGGCGGCCGGGCCCUCAUUGACGCCCAUCCAAGCAUGCUUAAGCCCAAGUCUGAUGAGCCUAGGUCACGAGGGGGGCUGCAGCCUGCAGGUGCAGAACACUGGAGUCCACUAAACCCUUAUGGGGAAGUCACCCAGCUAUCUCUGGUAUGCCACAACUCUGAGUGGGACCUGCUGGGAGGCCACCUUGCCUACCCAGGUGUCAAGAUGCUGAGCCAGAAGCUCCCCAUGCUGUUCCGCAUAGACCAGGUGCCACAGGUGUUCCAUGAGCAGGGCAUCCUCUUUGGCUACCGACACCCACAGAGUUCCGCCACUGCCUGUGUCCUCAGCCUUUUCCAAAUGACCAAUGAGACCCUCAACAUCUGGACGCACCUAUUGCCCUUCUGGUUCUUUGUGUGGAGGUUCGCGACUGCAUUGUAUAUGACAGACAUCCAGAAUGACAGCUACUCAUGGCCCAUGCUCGUGUACAUGUGUACCAGCUGUGUGUACCCCCUGGCAUCCAGCUGUGCACACACCUUCAGCUCUAUGUCCAAGAACGCCCGGCAUAUCUGCUACUUUCUGGACUAUGGUGCUGUCAACCUCUUCAGCCUGGGGUCAGCCAUCGCCUACUCUGCAUACACGUUCCCUGAUGCACUGGUCAGCAGUACUUUCCAUGAAUGCUACGUAGCCCUGGCUGUGUUCAACACCAUUCUCAGCACUGGUCUCUCCUGCUAUUCCAGGUUUCUUGAACUCCAGAAGCCCCGGCUCUGCAAGCUGCUCCGAGUCCUCGCCUUUGCCUACCCCUACACGUGGGACUCACUCCCCAUCUUCUACAGGCUCUUCCUGCUCCCCGGGGAGAGUUCAAGAAAUGAAGCCAUCUUGUACCACCAGAAGCACAUGGUCAUGACCCUCCUGGCCUCUUUCUUGUACUCUGCUCACCUGCCAGAGCGACUGGCUCCUGGACGCUUUGACUACAUCGGUCAUAGUCACCAGCUGUUUCACGUGUGUGUGAUCCUCGCCACACAUUUGCAGAUGGAAGCCAUCCUCCUGGACAAGACUCUGAGGAAGGAGUGGCUCUUGGCCACCUCCAGACCCUUCUCUUUGCCUCAGAUAGCAGCAGCCAUACUUCUAUGUAUCAUCUUCAGCCUCAGCAACAUUAUUUAUUUCUCAGCUGCUCUGUAUAGGAUCCCUGAGCCUGAAUUACAUGAAAAGGAAACGUGA